UGGAUCUCACCAGACCCUUCUAAAGUCCAAAUGGCGGCGAAUUAGUCCAAAGCCAAAUAAAUUUUAAAAAUAUUUAUUCUAAAACCCUACAAUCCACUAUUUUCAGUUUCUUCAAAACCCUAAUAUCAAAGCUUUGCACUUUCUUUGUCAAACCCUUUUUUUUUUUUACAUUUUUUUGGUUGCGUUGUUUUACUGCAGAAAGUUUAAGCUAGAAAAUCUUUGUUUCAAUGGGUAGCAAGAAAAGGAACUCCAAUGCUGUAGAGGAAGCAGAGGCUAUAGUAGAUUCAGCUGAGAAUGUAGAAAGUGAUAAUGUUGUUGCAAGUUCUGUGAAGAAGAAAAUGAAAAAGGGAAAGAAAAAAGAUGGAGAUAGGGCAACUGCGGAUGCAUCUAUUAAACCCAUGGAAAGAAAGAAGAAGAGAAAAGCAAUGGACAAAGAGAGGCAUCACACCGCCAUGGAAAAUAUAAAGUCACAGCCCAAACAAACGGAUGUAGUUACUAAAAGUGAAGGCACUCUGGCAUCUACCGUGUUUUCAUCUAGUAGUGGUAUGCCUGAGUUUCAUAUUAGCGUUUUUCAGGAUUUGGCAUCUGCUGAUGUUUCGAUGAGACAAGUUGCUGCAGAAUCUCUGGUGACAGAGUUGGAGGAAGUUCAGAAGGCAUAUGAGAGAGGUGGGAAGGAGUCGGUUAAGGAUGGAAUGAAAUUGGAAGCUGAAAAAGAUGAUGGCUUGAAUGAUUGUGCACCUUCUUUAAGAUAUGCUGUGCGUAGACUUAUCCGUGGUGUUUCUUCAUCUAGAGAGUGUGCAAGACAGGGGUUUGCUUUAGGUCUGACUCUUUUAAUUGGUAAAAUUCCUAGCAUCAAAAUGGAUGCAUUGCUGAAACUGAUUGUUGAUUUGCUAGAGGUCUCUGCAUCAAUGAAGGGUCUGGAAGCUCGGGAUUGCCUUUUGGGACGCUUAUUUGCCUAUGGUGCUAUUGCCCAGUCAGGAAGACUAACUAAUGAGUGGAAUUCUGAUAAAAACACACCAUAUAUCAAGGAAUUUAUUGGUCAUCUUAUCUCUCUUGCAGCAAAGAGGCGAUACUUGCAAGAGCCUGCUGUGUCAAUUAUUUUAGACUUAAUUGAAAAGUUGCCUACUGAAGCUUUGCUAAGUCAUGUACUUGAAGCUCCGGGUCUUCAUGAGUGGCUUGAAGGAGCCAGUGAAGUUGGAAAUCCUGAUGCUCUGCUUUUAGCAUUGAGAAUUCAGGAAAAAGUUUCCGUUGACAGCAAAAAGCUUGGAAAACUUUUGCCAACUCCCUUCAGCUCUAGCAAACUUUUUGCUGCUGACCAUCUGUCCUCUCUUGUCAAUUGCUUGAAGGAAUCCACCUUCUGUCAGCCCCGAGUUCACAGCGUUUGGCCUGUUCUGGUAAAUAUUCUCUUACCUGAUUCAGUUUUGCAAGCUGAAGAUGCAGCAUCAGUUUCAAGUUCCUUAAAGAAGCACAAAAAGAGUCGCAAGUCCAGCUCAUCUGAAGAAGUUGCUAAGAAUCUUCAGUCUUUCUGUGAAGUUAUUGUUGAAGGAUCCCUUCUUCUGUCAUCUCAUGACCGUAAACACCUGGCAUUUGAUGUAUUGGCUCUUAUUUUUCUGAGGUUGCCUGCAUCCUUUGUUUCAAUUGUUCUGUCUUACAAACUUGUUCACUGCCUGAUAGAUGUACUUCCUUCAAAGGAUGCAUGGCUGUAUAAUGUUGCAAAGGAUUUCCUUAAAAAAAUAGUGGAAUGGGUUGGGAACGAUGAUGUCCGAAGAGUUGCUGUAAUUGUAGCUUUACAAAAACACAGUAAUGGCAAAUUUGACUCCAUCACAAGGACUAAAACAGUUAAGGAUUUGAUGGCAGAGUUCAAAACAGAAUCAGGUUGUACACUCUUCAUUCAAAACUUAGUGAAUAUGUUUAUAGACGAAAGUUCUACAUCAGAGGAACCUUCAGAUCAGAGCCAAACUACAGAUGACAAUUCUGAGAUAGGUUCAGUUGGAGAUAAAGAUUUAGUAGGAACACUGGCAAAUUCUGAUUUCCUGAAAAGUUGGGUCAUAGAAUCCCUCCCCAGCAUUUUGAAAUAUUUGAACCUGGAUCCUGAAGCAAAGUUCCGAGUGCAGAAGGAAGUUUUGAAGUUUUUAGCUGUUCAGGGUUUGUUCUCUGCAUCGCUUGGCACUGAAGUGACAUCUUUUGAGUUACAGGAGAAAUUUAGGUGGCCUAAAGCUCCUACAUCAAGUGCUCUUUGCAGGAUGUGUAUCGAGCAGCUCCAGUCAUUGCUGGCGAAUGCUCAGAAGGUGGAGAAUUUACGUUCUUUUCCCAAUGGACUCGAGCCAAGUGACCUAGGAUCAUACUUCAUGAGGUUUCUUAGUACAUUACGCAACAUUCCUUCAGUUUCUCUGUUUCGAUCUCUAAGUGCGGAUGAUGAGAAGACAUUGAAGAAAUUGCAAGAAAUGGAAACUAGGCUUUCUAGAGAGGAAAGGAACUGUGGGCUCAGCAUGGAUGCAAAUAAAUUGCAUGCUCUGAGAUACUUGCUCAUCCAGUUGCUUCUCCAAGUGCUCCUCCGACCAGGGGAAUAUUCUGAACCUGCCUCUGAACUUAUCAUGUGUUGUAAAAAGGCAUUUGCAUCUUCUGAUCUUCUUAACUCCUCCACUGAAGAUGAGUUGGAUGAUGAUUCAGCACCAAAGUUAAUGGAUGUCCUUGUGGAUACAUUGCUUUCAUUGCUGCCACAGUCAUCGGCUCCUAUGCGGUCUGCCAUCGAGCAGGUUUUCAAAUAUUUUUGUAAUGAUGUCACGGACGACGGACUGCUCCGGAUGCUGCAAGUUAUUAAGAGAGACCUAAAACCAUCUAGACAUCGUAAUGCAGACACUGAAGAAGAAGAUGAUGAUGAAGAUUUUCUUGGUAUUGAAGAAGAGGAAGAUGAAGCCGAGCCUGGUGAAACAGGGGAGAGUGAUGAGCAGACUGAUGACUCAGAGGCAGUAGCUGCUGUUGAAGGAGGCGAUAAAGAACUUCCUGUAGAUUCUGAUAAUUCUGAUAGUGGAAUGGAUGAUGAGGCAAUGUUCCGCAUGGACACUUAUCUUGCCCAGAUUUUCAAAGAGAAAAAGAACCAGGCUGGGAGUGAAACUGCUCAAUCACAGCUUAAUCUGUUUAAACUUCGUGUUUUAUCAUUGCUGGAAAUUUACCUGCAUGAAAAUCCAGGUAGACCCCAGGUUCUGAUGGUGUACUCAAAUUUGGCUCAGGCAUUAGUUAACCCGCAUACUGCCGAAGGCAGUGGGCAGCUUGAACAACGGAUAUGGGGAAUUCUACAGAAGAAAAUAUUCAAAGCAAAAGACUUCCCUAAGGCUGAAUCUGUGCCACUACCUACUCUUACAUCUUUGUUGGAGAGAAACUUAAAAUUGGCGGCAAGACCAUUCAAGAGAAAGAAAUCUGCUGCCAAUCCAUCUAAGAAGAAGCAGUCAGCUUCCUGGAACAGAUACAAAAUGAUUGUCUCCCUGGCUCAGAAUUCAACCUUUUGGAUUCUGAAGAUCAUUGAUGCUAGAAAAUUUUCAGAGUCAGAGUUGCAGGAGGUUUAUGAUAUUUUCCAAAUUGUGUUGGCUAGUUAUUUUGAUAGUAAAAAGUCUCAACUAAAAUCUGAAUUUUUGAAAGAAAUAUUUCGAAGAAGACCAUGGAUUGGGCAUCAUCUCUUCAGCUUUGUCCUGGAAAAAUGUGGCAGUGCAAAAUCAGGAUUUCGUCAAGUUGAGGCACUUGAUUUGGUGAUGGAGAUAUUGAAGUCAAUGGUCCUAUUGAGCUCAGAUGAAGCUAGCCGAGACGCAUCAAAGAAAGUGUUGAAGAGUCACCUCCGAAAUCUCAGUUGUCUGAUAAAGGAGUUGGUGACACAUAUGCCUGAGAAGCCAUCAAGGAAAUCUGAAGUACGCAAGUUCUGUUCUAAGAUCUUUCAGACGGUCUCAAGUCUUAAAUUGACCAAUUCCUUUCUUAAAGAUUUGACCCCCGAUGGUCAUGCUGCUUGUGAAUCUGAACUUGGUGAGGCAUUUCUCAGUCUGAAGAAAGUGAAAUGAGAUUGGUAGGAGUACAUAAUUUGGAAGGAUAUUUGCUGAAAGUUCCUUACAGAUGGAAUUCAUUACUUAUACUACAUUCUUGGGAAACUUCAAUCUAAUCACUACCUAUUCUGUGCUGAAGGCAAAUGUGACCCAGCAUUUUCAUCUCUAAACAGUUUCAGGAAGACAUUUUGCUCUUGGGACUUCAUAGUCAUUUUUUUGGGAAAAUUAUGUAGGAAGGCUGCCAGAGUAUAUUAUAAGAUGAAACUUGAUGUUGGUAAAAAUGUUAAAAAGGUUUUGUGGGUUUAUUUGUUAUUGAUAUAGGAAGAGACUGAUAACGGUGAAAAUGUUUUUGAAUGUAUUUUUGUAGUAGUAUGUAAUAAUCUUGGCAUUUGUUUUAACAUAGCUGUUAAUGUCCUGACCAACCCUGGUGUUUUUUCUUUAUACAAUGGUGAGCUUGAUUUACGACUUUUAAA